AUGUGGCGGCUCAUCGUGGUGGCCUGGGUGAUUCAAGGCCAUGCAGACUCCAGACUCAUCGGGCCCAAGGCUGUGGACCCUGAGGCAUACAUGAACAUUAGUGAGAUCAUCCGGCACCACGGCUACCCGUGUGAGGAAUACGAGGUCGCCACAGAGGAUGACUAUAUACUGACAGUCAACAGAAUUCCUUGGGGCCAAGAACCUCCGGAGGACCAAGGGCCGAGGCCAGUGGUGUUACUGCAACACGGUUUGCUCGGUGAUGCGAGCAACUGGAUCCUGAAUCUUCCUAACAACAGCCUGGGCUUCAUCCUGGCCGAUGCUGGUUAUGAUGUGUGGAUGGGGAACAGCCGAGGCAACACCUGGUCCUGCAAACACAAGACCCUCUCUGUGGACCAAGAUGAGUUUUGGGCUUUCAGUUAUGAUGAGAUGGCUAGGUUUGACCUUCCAGCAGUGAUAAACUUUAUUUUGCAGAAAACGGGCCAGGAAAAAGUAUUUUACGUCGGCUAUUCACAAGGCACCACAAUGGGCUUCAUAGCAUUUUCCACAAUGCCUGAACUGGCCCAGAGAAUCAAAAUGUAUUUCGCUUUAGCUCCAGUAGCCUCAGUUAAACACUCAAAAAGUCCUGGGACCAAAUUCUUGCUCCUGCCAGAGAUAAUGAUCAAGAGCAUGUUUGGCAAGAAGGAAUUUCUUCACCAGCACAAGUUCCUGCGGCCCUUGUUAAUCCACCUUUGUGGCCAAAUCAUUCUGGACAAACUCUGCAGCAACAUUAUCCUGCUCCUGGGAGGAUUCAACACCAACAACCUGAACAUGAGCCGAGCCAAUGUCUACGUCGCCCAUACCCCAGCCGGAACAUCAGUACAGAACAUACUGCACUGGGGCCAGGCAAUGAAUUCCGGAGAGCUCCAAGCAUUUGACUGGGGAAGUGAAACUAAGAAUCUGGAGAAAUGCAACCAGCCAACUCCUGUGAGGUACCAGAUUAAAGACAUGACCGUCCCCAUAGCAGUGUGGUCAGGGGGUCAAGACUGGCUUUCAGACCCGGAUGAUGUGCGCAUCUUGCUCCCCCAGAUGACCAACCUUGUCUACCAUAAGAACAUCCCAGAAUGGGCCCACACGGACUUCAUCUGGGGACUGGAUGCACCACAGAGGUUGUACCAGGAGAUCAUUGAGAUGAUGAAACAGAAGGAGAUGAGCCUCUCUCUGGAAAGGUCUGGGAGGUCUGCACUGGAAAUGCUCUGAUAUGGAGAAGCCCCUGGUGCAUGGGGGGACUAGAGGAUGGGCGUCAGCAGACUAGGAAAAGAAGGGAAGAAAGACUUGGCUUUGUUCUACCUUCCUUGAUGAU